AUGGUCAAAAUUGGUAUUAUUGGUGGUUCUGGAUUAGAAGAUCCGAAAAUUCUUCAAAAUCCAACAAAUGUCAAUGUUGAAACACCUUAUGGAAGUCCUAGUGAUCAAUUAGUUGAAGGAACAAUCAAUGGAGUGCAAUGCGUUUUGUUAGCUCGACAUGGUAAAAAGCACGAUAUCAUGCCUGGAAAUGUCAAUUAUCGCGCAAAUCUUUGGGCACUUUAUUCAAGAGGUAUUUGUUCUGAAACGCUUUACUAAAUAAAAAUAAUAAUAAAUUUCAGGCGUUGAUGUGAUAAUUGCUUCAACUGCUUGUGGAUCUCUUCAAGAAAAUGUGAAACCUGGUGAAUUAUUAUUCCCAGAUUCAGUUUUUGAUAGAACAACUGGAAGAAAAAGCACAUUUUUUGAUGGAUCAUUCGAAGAAGCUCCAGGAGUUUGUCAUAUUCAAUCACAUCCUUCUUAUAAUGAAAAAUUGAGACAAGUUUUAAUUUCAACUGCUCAGAAAUUGAAUAUCGAUCAUCACACUUCUGGUUUUGGAGUUUGUAUUGAAGGACCAAGAUUUUCAACAAAAGCUGAAAGUAUUGUUUUCAAAUCUUGGGGUGCAAGUUUGGUAAAUAUGACAAUGAUGCCAGAAUGUGUGUUGGCAAAAGAAUUAGGAAUACCAUAUGCCACAACUGCACUUGUAACAGACUAUGAUUGUUGGAAAGACGAAGAACAUGUGAGUGGUGUACUUUUCUUACUUUUCUCUCAUCAUAUGAAUGUCUUGCUGCCUGCCAAUGCAUGCAGGUGUAAAGUGUGUAUGACCUUUGACGACGAGUCCGUGUGCGCCCGGUUAGCUCAGUCGGUAGAGCACCAGACUCUUAAUCUGGCUGUCGCGGGUUCGAGCCCCGCAUCGGGCUGAUGCAAUUUUUUUUUCUUUUAGGUCACAAUGGAAGCUGUAAUGAAAGUUUUUGCUGCAAAUGUUGAGAAAGCUAAAAACUUAUUCAUUGAGGCUGUAGUUCAAAUUUCCGAAGUUGAGUGGACUGAUGAAAUUCAAAGGCUAAAGGUCGGGAAGCGGAUUUCUUUUAAAUUUUAAUAUAACUAUUUUUUCAGAAAGAUGCCAGAAAUUCAGUCAUGGUUGCGCCUGAUGUUGUUAUUCCCCAUUUGCAAUGA